CUGAAAUUCUUACUCCCUUCUCUUCACUCUCUUCUAUUUAUUUUUUCAUCUGCUUAUUAUCUCCAAACUUUUUCUCCCUCCUCAAAACCUUCUCUUACACACAAACACCAAGUCAUCUCCAAAAGCGCACAUCACAUCAUCUUACCCCGUAUCACACACCAUCCCAUCAAACCAGACCCGAAACCACUGCAAAAAUGCCUAUGGCGUGGAAUGAUACGGCAGAUGCCAAGCUGCUUCUUGCCGUCCUCAGGACCACAAACGUCAAGCUCGACCAUCUGCGGAUUGCUCAGUACAUGGGUCCUGGAUGUACCGUCUACGCUAUCCAGCACCGACUCCGCGUCCUCAAAGAGCGGGCUUUUACUGGACCUGCUCUCCCGUUGCGUCUGGUCGAGGGCUACGGCUCCUGCGAUCCUACUUCGGAGGGAACCCCUACUUCUGAGCCCAAGCGCAAGCGGGGUAGACCUCGCAAGGUGAAGGAGGAAGAUGGCGUUGAUGCUGAGACUCCGAUGGAUCCGAAGAAGGAAGGUCGCGCCAAGAGAGUCAAAACCGAAGAGGCGGAAGAUGGAGACCAGCGUGUGGAAGUCGAGGAGGAGUAUGAGGAGGGGGUUGCUCUGCCUGAAGCUGGAUAUGUUGGUGAUACCGUCUUCAUGACCGAGGCGUGAGUGCUACUCUAGUCUCUGGCUUCGUUAUUCCUGUAUAUUGCUCGCUAGGCUUGGAUAAAUAGGCCAGGCAAGGACUCUUUCAUAUGGGGAGUGCGAAGCUGGUUUGCUGUUCACGUUGGAAGAUGAGAGGGGAUCUACUAUUCGCGGUAGCGAUGAUCUAGUCUGGUGUUUGUAUUUGGUUGGGAUACGGUGCUGCUCGAGAAAUACGAUCAAGCUGUGGUCGCGAUCAUUG